UGACGUGACUGUAGAGCCCCACCCUCAGUUUAAAACAGAAAGCACUGAGGAAGCUGUGGUGAAAAAAGUUUCACCUAACAGACUCGCUUUGAGAUUCAAUCAGGACUGUCAGGCCAGCGAGGACAAGUUAGCCGACGUCUACAGUUUUGGUGAUACCUCUGUCUUCGUCCACCAUGAGCACUCAGGCCGCUGAUAGCAUACCUGGUCCAGCAGAAAGUGAGCAGGAGAAGGAGCCGUUGAGGAUCAUGCUUCUUGGAAAAUGUGGUGCAGGCAAGAGCUCGAGUGGGAACACCAUCCUCAAUAAAAUGGUGUUCAGGUCAGAGAUGAAGCUGGGCAGCGUCACUGUUCACUGUGAAAAAGAGUCCAGGGUGGUUGGAGAUAUACCUGUCGAUGUGAUUGACACACCUGGGCUUUUCGAAAAGGGAAGCAACAAGGAGGACAUCAUCCGAGAGAUUCUUCAACGCCUGAAACUCCAGGAACCAGGACCCCACGUCUUUGCAUAUGUUGUUCCUUUAGGAAGGCUGACUCAGGAAGACCAAGACACCCACACGCUGAUCGAAGCAAAGUUUGGCCCAAGAGUGUGGGACUACACCAUCGUGCUGUUCACCCACGGCGAUCGCCUGGAAAACAAAACAAUAAACGACAUCAUUACUGAGAGUGACGAGAACCUCCGCAACUUCAUACGCAAGUGUAGCGGUGGCUUCCACGUCUUCAACAACAAAACCCCGGAGGACCAGAAGCAGGUCACAACUUUUAUGGAGAAGAUCGAGACCCUGGUGGCCCUGAAUGGAGGUAGUUACUACAAGACAGAGCUGUAUCCUGAGAAGGAGAGGAAAAUCAGAGAAAGACAGGAAAGCAUCCUUACAGAGAGACAAGAAGAAAUCAGCAAAAAGGAGGAAAAUCUGAGGGAGCAUCACAAGGAUGAAGACCUAAAGAAGAAAAAGACAAAGCUGUGGAGACAAGAGGAGGAAAGGGCAAGAAAAGACGCAGAGGGGGAGUUGUGCAGCAAGUCCUACAUCAUGAAAAGCAUCCUGUUACUGGCUGUAUUGUGUCUACUGUUAUGGUGGGAUCUUGGGGUAGCAGCUAAAUGGCUUUGUGGAAUAGGAAUCAUUUUAAUUGUGGUGUCUUUUAAGAUAUUUCCAAUUAUUAGAAGAAAAAUACCAGGUCUUACUAAGAAAAAGAAAUAGAUGAGCUUUUACUGUGUUAGUGAUUUAUCAUUCAAAUGUGUGACAGAUGAUAUAUCUAACUGAUUUAAUUAAUAAAAAUCAUUUUCAUACAAAUUUGUCUGUCCAUAAUUAGAAAAUAUAGUCAUCUGAUAUCAUCUCAUUAAUCUCAUAUUUAAUCAGAUAACAGAACUGUAAAAAUGCUAAUGAAAACAAUAUUUAAAGUACUACACAAAAGUCUCGGCCCACCACUUUUUCUUUAUAUUUUACUAGGAAAAAAAGUAGAUGCAAGGAUUUGUGGAAAUAUACCUGGAAAUACAAUACAGAGUUUUAAAAUGCUAAUGAGUUUGAAAAUUAAUAUUUGGUACGACCACCUUUAUUCUUCGACACAGUCUGAACUCUCUUGUGCAGCUUUGUUCUCAUUUCUUUAAGUAGUCUUCAGGAAUAGUUCUGCAGGCUUCUUGAAGAAUAUUUAAAGCUGUCUUUGGAUGCUGACUGCUUUUUGUUCUGCUCUCUGUGAAGAUGAUCUCACACUGCUUCAGUGAUGUUGAGGUCCAGACUCUGGGGAGGUGAGUCCAUGACUGAUAGUGUUUUAUUGAGUUUUUCUAUCCGGGUAUGCUUUUUCUGGCUAUACUUUUAUGCAAGUAAUGGCUGAAUAUAAACUUACAGUGUGCACAAGUGCUCAAUAAGUCGCCCCGUGGAUACACAGCAUAUGUCAAACUCAUCCCAUGAGCAUGUCUGGAGUCACUGCAGCAAGUACGUGUUUCUUUA